CGAGCCUUGGAUGUCAUACCACGGCAUCGUAUUCCUGUAAUAAAGGAAGUGCAGGUUUUGGCAGAAAACGCGCAGGAGUUUGCGAAAAUGGCCGAGCAGAUUUUCUCCCUUCUUCCUACCACAGCUACUGUUCCGUGCAUAGCACCUAAAGGAGCCAGAGAGCUGGAGAGGGCAUUAAUUCACUUUCAAUCUCGUGAACCAAUGUGGGAGCGUAUCACAACGUAA